AUGGCCGGAGAUGUUACGCUUGUCCUUGGUGUGGAGGCAAGAUGGGUGAAAUCUACUGGCUAUCCCUGUAAUAUCUGUGGAAAAGUUUUUACCAUGAAAUACAAUCUGAAUACACAUAUAAAAGGAAAACAUUUCAAUAUACGACACAAAUGUCCUAUCUGUCAGAAAGAAUUCACAUUUCAGAGCAACAUGUUGACUCACUUGAAAAAUGCCUUGUAUGAUAGACAUAUCAAUGGUUUGACCUGUAAAUUAUGUGGUCAGGCUCUUUAUGAUAUCCAUGGUUACAGUUGUACAAUAUGUGGAAAAGUGUUCACAGAGAAAUUUAAUCUUCGAACUCAUAUAAAAGGAAAACAUCUUAAGAUUACAAAUAGGUGUCACAUUUGUUUAAAAGAAUUUAGUUUCCCUGGUAAUCUUGCUCGUCACAUGAAACAAUGCCAUUCCAACAUCAUUUACUGA